AACUCACACGAGGAACAUGUUCUCUGCUCAUACGAUCCGUACCAAACAGAAUGUCUCUCAUCAUUUAGCGCCUCUUUAUUCUUUUUAUUCCCUCUCGCACGAUAAAUAGGACCAGUCGCUGCUUUCACAAUGGCUCCAAGCCCGCCUGGAAGUAGUGUGGUCGUACCCAUUAACGGCUAUAGCGAUGGUGAUGCUACACACCGGCCAAAAGUGCCUCCAUUCAAUAUUAUUCAAGCGACAAUAUAUCUGGAAAAACUUGCGAAGCAAUGGAUGGAAGAUCGCGGAGAAGCUCGACCAGGGGAGAAAUACAAGUUGGACCGUCUUCCCGCUGGUUACGUGCUGGCUGAGAGACCAAGACCAAGCGGGCCGAGACUGACCGACAAGUACCUUUUUGGGCAUCCGAGCAACAAAUACUUUGAUUCUCCGAACAGGUUCUAUCCCCAUUUCAAAUAUUUGAUGGACUACAAGCCAGGAGCUGCCACUUGCAAAUGUUCCCUGUGCAACACAGCACCCCGAAGCACAGUGCCGACAGGCCGAAGAACAACAACAAAUGGCAAGUCGAAAGAGAUGCCCAAGACCGAAGGCAUUCCUGACGUAUAUGCUGCGCUUCUUGAAAAGCUCGAAGACAAAGGUUCCAUUGACGAGGACAUUAUUGAAGACGAAAGCAUGGACUGGAGGGCGGAGCGCAGGAUUCUUCCAAAUUUAAUAAAAGCAGUCACAAGCCAGCAUUCUUUCAUUCCCCGGCAGGCUGAACUGGUGCUCUUCGUUGGUCAUCUGGAAGGCGAGAUACGCAUGGAUCCGUCAACCAGUCACUACAAAGUAUUUGACACAGAAGAGGAGGUGUUCAAGGGUUAUCCGGGAUGGAUGGCAGGAACGGUGGCUCAGGUCCCCGAAGAAGCCAUUGUGCCUGAAGAUCUCAUUCGGGAGACGAAGAAGAAAUUUGCUGUCAACCGAUCCGGAUUCCGAGUUGAAUGCUUCCCUAACCCUAACGGCAAGCAAAAGGGGUACUCGAAACAAUAUCGCUACAUCCCUCUACAUCAUAUCCGACCGUUCAACUUCUGGCAAGAACUUCUUGUUGGCACUCCAGAAGACGACUGGCACCCCACCAUCAAGAAUGCUUUGACUGUCAUGGCAUCUUCCUCGUUGAUUGAAAAAUACCAUAUGAGGGGGGUAUGGCCGAAUGCGACACUCUUCUGCAAAGGGCUUUUUCUGGGUCCCGAAGCCAUCUAUGUCGAUGAUGUCGUGAGACUCCUUCCACAAGGAGGAUGGUCGAACAUAUCAGAUGCUCUUAGAAUCUCCUCAAUCCAGUUCAACUUUACGAAUCUCGACCAUAAGUCAGGCGGUGUCGAUUACAGAACUACUCUUCGCAUUGUCGGAAAGGCAUAUACAGUGGAUCCAAGACGUGCAUUUGACCCGACACCGGUUACUAAUCUUCCAGCUUGUAUGGAGGGCUUCACGUGGUAUGGUCUCCACCGUCCAGAUAAGUUCUGGGAAGUACCAUAUACGCAAAUACUCGGUCGAUUCUACCACAUUGAAGCAAUGAAGGCAUGGUUCUCUCGAAAGACUAUCAAUAUUGACCUUCCUGGUGUUCGGCAAGGUCGUUUAUUUUCCCGUCUCAAUGACUCGCGUAUUCCGGAGGGGAGGGCAUGGCUUUGGACCAACUCCAGGGUAGAGACGCUCGACCUGGAAACAUUGAAUGGUCUAGAGGUCGGCUCCUACGACAGUUCCCGUGAUCCUGUUGCCUGGCGACAGGCAAUACGGGUCCUCAAAGGUGUCGCAGGCAAAUCGGAGCAGGCAGCCGCCAUUAAAGCCACGGAAGCCCCACGAGCUUCUCUCGCCUUUCCCGCCGUUAAUAGCGAACUGGUCAAAGUUGCGCAGCAAGAGUCUGAUGAAGAAAAUGGCACUGAAAGCGGUAAUGAAACCUCUCCUACGGCUAUCGAGGCCGAAGACCCCGCCGCAGAACAACUAGUCCAUGAACUCGCUGCAGGUUCCAGAUCCGUUCGGCAAGACAGGGACGACGCAUCGUCAUCGUCCGGGGAUGAUGGUCCGUGGGGUCGCUCGGCGAAGAAACGUCGCAGAUCAACCAUGGGAGCAGGAGAAGUCAAGGUUAUUCUUUGAUCACAUCCUGCUUUAACCGCGGCCAUCUCGUCUUUCCGCUGUAUGCACUAACAUCGUUGUUACUCUGCUUUUAUUCUGUUCUGAAUCGAAUGUGUUUUAUGAAGAUACCUAUUUGCUUUAUGCUUUUGUCUGCUAGUCACAUGCUGCAUGCUCGCUUUUCUUUCCAGUAUUUCCAAAGUCAUGGCAUAUCAAGCUUUAAAAUUACUUGGCGUUCGUUUUUGGGAGAGCGGUACAGGACACUAGAUUUUGGGAGCUUUGUUGCAUUACCACGAUCAGCUAUUCGAGCUAUCCCGGCCGUUACAAAUUAUUUAUUCCCAUAUCGUCUCUCAUUCGUUAAUCGUUGAAUCGCAGUUCUUAAAAUAGCCUCAGAUGGCUGUAUCUCGAAUGCCAC